AUGCCUGACACCGGCGUUGCCGAGCUCGAUUUCGCAAGCCUGACUGCAGCCAAUCCUCGAGCUGUUCGAGGCAUGCAAAGUGUUCUCGAAGUAAUCUACGAUCAAGCUUCGCACAAUCUUGAGCAUCAACGAAAGUUCAUUCGAGGCCAGGCCGGAGCACUCGCCGCAACGCGCAGUCCUGCGUUCACCCCAGACCCCGAUCAAUCGAGCUCGGGCUUCACCACUGAGGCAGAUUUAUCUGACGAUGAAGAAUACUCGUUCGACGGCGCCCCCUGCUAUGUUCUAAGUCUCGAGGAGGGCGUGGGCCCACUCAACCCACAGCUCGGCUGGUGGUUUGGAACGGGAGAUCUAGUUCGAUACCCGGAGUCUGGCGGGGUCGACCUUUUACUUCCGCCUCAUGCUUCAGAGCAUCAGUCGCACCUACUGUCAGAAUCGCCAUCAACAACGAAUCUCGUCUACGCUCGGCAAGGUUACUUCGCAUUCGAUUCGAAGUACGGCCGAUUAUGGCUUCACGCUCGGCACAAGGGUAUACGCGUGGAGGAUCGGCCGCUUGCGCCAAGGUCGAAGAUAUUACUGGAGAGCCGCGCCCGGAUAUCCAUCGGCCCAUUUCGCUUCAUCUUCGAAUUCAAAGUCUCGGAUGAAGCUUCUUUCCAGCGAGCGAAAAAGCGGGCCCUUACAGAAUAUUACGGGCAAGAGAAGCGGUACGAAGCCACGUCCGCUACACCCUCUACGCACGAUGUGCGCAUUGAAAACUGGAUAUUGCAUGGUGUUGUUGGCGCCUCAGCCGUGUCCCUUGUCCACGCUGCCUCUCACGUGCGAUCCGGAGAAGUCGUUGCCGUGAAACGACUCCGCCUUAGCACAAAAGAGGGUGACGUUGCUACGAAAGAGCUCCAAGUAUACGAUGAGAUCCUUGCAAGCAUCCGCGAACAUCGAUAUAGCAAAUUUGUGAUGCAAAAACAUUCGGUUCUCGCCCACGACCGACCGCCGACUCCUUAUCGCGAGGUGUACUUAUUGUGGAAGCCAUUGGCUCUCGGGGAUUUCGCCGAGUUCAGGCCCAAGGGACGAUGGCGUGUAGAGUUCGAAACUGUGAAGAAGAGGCUCUUCGUCCAAACCCUGCUCGGGUUGUCUGCACUUCAUGACUGCGGCUGGAUACAUCGGGACUUGAAACCAACGAACUUGGGGGUGGUGGAGCUCGGAGAGCGGCCCUUUGCGAUCAUCAUGGACGAAGGGCAGGCAAUUUGUCAGACGUCGGAUGGACACAAGCCCCGUGUCGGCCACUGUGGAACCGUGGGGUAUCUGGCGCCCGAGCUCGAAAACGGAGCAUUUGCGUCUACGUACGGGAAGGAAGUCGACAUCUGGAGUAUGGGUGUGGUGGCUUACUUUCUCCUGGUGGGUAAGAUCACGUGGAGUUGCGAGUACAAUAUGUUUGUGCCGGAGCGGGAUGCGCAGGGGCCUUCGCUGUGGAAGUUUCGAGAGGCUCGAGCGCGACUGAUGUGCCGGCCUGAGGACAGCGUAGAGCAUCUCAUCGGCGGCAUGAUGGAAGAAGACCCACGGCGACGUCUUUCAAUGCCGGAAAUCCUGGCGCAUCCUGCGCUGAGAGAUGUACGGAAGGCGGUAGAUGAUAGAUCAGACACCGAGAGACAAGUCGGGCAGAAACGUGGUCAUGAUGCCUUGCAUGCUGGGGUUGCAUAG